AUGGAAAGCACCUCACAGAACAUCUUUACUCUCAUAAUUGUUGCACAAUUCAUAUUUGGGAAUUUGAGCAAUGGAUUCAUGGUGCUGGUAAAUUGUGUGGACUGGAUCAAGACAAAAAAGGCCUCCUCCAUUGAUAAAAUCCUCACUAUCUUGGCUACCUUCAGAAUUGGUUUAAUCUGGGUAAUAUUAGUAUAUUGGUUUGGAACUCAGUAUCAUUCACCUUUACUUAUAACUGAAACACCAUUAAGGAUUAUUGCUUCUAUCUGGAUAUUUACCAAUCAUUUCAGCCUCUGGUUUGCCACAAUCCUCAGCAUUUUUUAUUUGUUCAAAAUAGGCAAUUUCUGUAGUCCCAGUUUUCUCUAUCUUAAAUGGAGAAUCAAAAAAGUAAUUCUGAUGAUACAACUAGCAACCUUGAUCUUCUUGUUUUUAAAUUUGAUACAGAUGAACAUACAUAUUACAGAUUGGAUACAAGAUGAAGGAAAUGCAACUUGGGAUUCCAGAAUUAGUGAUUUUUCAAAGUUUUCACAACUGGCCUUAUUCACUUUGACUAUGUACAGUCUAAUACCAUUUACUGUUGCCCUGAUUUCUUUCUGUUUUUUGAUGUUCUCCCUGUGGAAACAUCUCCGGAAAAUGAAGUCCAAUUUCAAAGAACACAGAGAUCCCAGGACCAAGGCUCACAUAAGUGCUUUAAAAAGUGUGCUCUCAUUCCUCCUACUCUAUGUCAGUUUCCUUCUGUGCCUUAUUAUAUCAAGCGUUCCUAGCAUACACCAGAACCACCUGGCCCUUAGUGUUUUCCAGAGUAUUGAAAUGAUGUAUCUUUCAAGUCACUCAUUUAUUCUGAUUCUGGGAAAUCCUAAGUUAAGGCAGGCCUGUGUUCUGAUGCUGUGGCAGCUGAGAUGUGGGCUACAAAGAUGA